UCCGGGACAGAUCAGCGCCUCAACGCAGUUGUGGUUUUCCGCGGUUCCGCUGCUCAGCUCCGGUUAUUUCGAUCUGACUCGCCCGCCUCAGCCUCCCGCUACCAGAACCAGAACCAGAACCGGCCGGAGACUCGGAGCGCCGACCGGUCCGCCACGGCUAGCGGGAGGCUAGCGCGAGGCUAGCGCGAGGCUAGCGGGAGGCUAGCCGUGCAGGCAGCGGGCAAAGGUUCGGUCCGGACGGGCAGAAAGGCAGCAUGCUGGGCGGCAGCAGCAGCAAGGCCGGGGAGGUUCCGACCCGGAGUCAGAGUGAAGCCAACAGGAAGUUGAAGUACAUCAGCCUGGCGGUCCUGGUGGUCCAGAACGCCUCGCUCAUCCUCAGCAUCCGCUACGUCCGCACGUUGCCGGGCGACCGCUUCUUCACCACGUCGGCCGUCGUCAUGGCGGAGGUCCUGAAGGUGACGACGUGCCUGAUCAUCGUCCUGCUGCAGAAGAGAUGCGCCCUGAAGGAGACGCUGUGGUUCCUGCUGGACUCGGUCGUCCUGCAGUACCAGGACACGCUGAAGCUGGCCGUGCCGUCGCUCAUCUACACGCUGCAGAACAACCUGCAGUACGUCGCCAUCUCCAACCUGCCGGCCGCCACCUUCCAGGUGACCUACCAGCUGAAGAUCCUCACCACGGCGCUCUUCAGUGUCCUGAUGCUCAGGAAGUCUCUGUCCAGAGUCCAGUGGUUUUCCCUGCUGCUGCUGUUCGCCGGCGUCGCCAUCGUCCAGGUACGGACGGUUCCGGCUCUGCUGAUCCGGAGAACGGUUCCGGUUCUUUGUGUCAUCCAGACUUUGGUCUCCUGCAG